CUUCGUGACUGGCAGCGGCUUGAAAUUCAACAUUCAACAAUAUUUCCAUCGCUGCAGUACGACAACGACUCCAGCAUGUCUGACAGCGAACAGGAAUAUGAAGUCGAAUCUGUCACUCGUGCUCGCGUUCACGACAAGAGAGGGAAGAAACUGAUAUGGCGAUACUAUGUCAAGGUACACUUUUCUUUAUCGUGGCAUCUAGCAUCCGGUGCUCAUCCACUCACAAGUGGAAAGGCUAUGGUUGGGAUGAAUGCACGUGGGAGCCUAUAGAGCAUUUCACCGACGGGGCUGAGAAAGUUAUUGAAAACUUCUGGGAGUGCGUUGACAUCGGAGGGAGGGAUAUUCACGUUGCCACUGCUUUCAAAAGAGGUGAAGAGAUCCUUUUAUCUGGUCCACCAAAAAAAAAGGGCCUUAAGAGGAAGCAGAGUACAUCUGGCGUCAGGCAGUCCCCUAGGCGCAGCAAUGCCAUAUCUGCGCCCAUCACAACACCCCGCAAGCGCCGGAAGGUGCAGAGACCUUACGAUGAUGUGUUGGAAAGCAUACAACCCAGAAGUCAAGCCAGAACCCCUCGUUCGCGACGCAAAUCAUCCAGUGGGAAAUCUGCGCCGAAUGCCAAGCGCCGGAGAGCCUCAUCCCCUGGGCCUAGAAGAAUAGCGUCCAGGAACUCGCCGUCUACAACCAACUCCGAGCUUGACGCAGAAGGUGAAAUCGAUCCAGAUUUCGAAAUAGAGACUCAGGAAGUCGAGGAUGUGCUCAGGCAGUCGAGUAUGGAGGAUGGAGAUGAGCGUCCUCAGCGCGAAGGCACGACGCGCUCUUCGGUGUCGAAAACUAGGCCAGUUUUCGAUGAUUUGGAGCACUUUUACAGCGGUCAACCAAUCGAUGUCGAGCAGGCAGAUCCAGGCGAGGUACAAACACCCCCAACGUCACCAAGGGCUCCAGCAGCUGAGGUUACUGUGUCAGCACCCAGCUCGCCUGACCCACUGUUCGAUUCACCCCCGUCUACCGUAAAUAGCACUCGUCAACGAUCCCAGGACUCUUCUACUCCGUUCCAUCGAGCUCGAGCAGCGAAUCCGUUGGUCAAGCUCAUUGAUGCCCCAUCGCCUCAAACAUCAGCGAGAGCUAUCACCGCCAAGGCACGAUUGAUGUCGAUGCCCACCACGAGCACCUCAGGCGCUGGCCCAACCCGUAUGAUUGCGAAGCGGGGAGGAAAACCGGGUCCUGGUCGCUCGUCUGCGGGCUUGCUGGUCAGGAACCGGAGCUCUCUUUUAACGGCUUCCAAAGGAAAACUUACUACUGUCAAAGGAAAGUUUACACCCGUCAAUGUUACUCGUGCUCAACCUGAAGACACCGCGGAAGUAGCGCCUGCGUGGGGUAAUGGGGAUUCUGGCGUGGUAAUGACCUCGUGGAGUGACGAGGAUGCUGUAGGAGAAAUGGAUGUUGAGGAUCACGCAUCGGGAACAUUUACUGAUCCAAAACCCUCCGGGAGUGACCUCUUGAAACUAGCUGGGAUGGGAGAUGGUGAUGUUGCGCUACCAGAUUUUGACGAAACGGACCUCCCAGCUGAGAGAUCUGCAAAUGAUUCUUUAGGUCAGCCGCGUUCGGAGACGGCGAAGGAGGAUGGCCAAGACCGAGCUGUGAAGGUGGAUACGUUCGAGGCACAAGAAGCAUCGUUUGUCCCGACGAACGAGUCGGGUGAUGCAAAUGGCUCAGUUGAGUCGGUUCCCGCUGAGGACAUUGUAAAGAAGAAGUAAGAUCUAUAGCCUGCGUGUGUGUCCAAAUUAAUGUCGUCAAACAGCCUUGCAUUGGUUAAGGAGCUACUGUUCCCCUCGACACGAGUAGCCGCACCCGCUUUUAGUGAAGGACCGACUUCACUGAGGUCUACUAUCUUUGGUCCUCUAUACCAAGGGAC